UGUCUCGCAUCGGUGACGUUCGAGUCUUUCUGAGGCGAGGAGGCCGGCCGGCGCGCGCACGAGGCGGUGACCCGCGAGUUGAGGGGAGGCGACCCGACCCGAACGACCAUGGCCGAUUACCUGAUCAGCGGCGGCACCGGCUACGUGCCGGACGACGGGCUAACGGCGCAGCAGAUGCUGAACUCUGGCGAUGGGCUCACUUACAAUGACUUCCUUAUACUCCCUGGCUACAUAGAUUUUACUGCAGACCAAGUGGACUUGACUUCUGCUCUAACCAAGAAGAUAAGCUUGAAAACACCGUUGGUAUCUUCCCCAAUGGACACUGUAACAGAGGCCAGCAUGGCCAUUGCAAUGGCACUCACGGGGGGGAUCGGAUUCAUCCAUCAUAACUGUACCCCAGAAUUCCAGGCCAACGAAGUACGGAAAGUUAAGAAAUACGAACAAGGAUUUAUCACAGAUCCAGUGGUGCUGAGCCCUCAAGAUCGUGUCCGAGAUGUGUUUGAAGCAAAAGCCCGUCAUGGAUUCUGUGGCAUCCCCAUAACAGACAAUGGGAAGAUGGGUAGCCGUCUCAUGGGGAUUAUCUCAUCCCGAGACAUCGAUUUCCUGAAAGAGGAAGAGCAUGACCUGCCUCUUAGUGAGAUCAUGACCAAACGGGAAGAUCUUGUUGUAGCAAGUGCAGAAGUUACAUUAAAAGAAGCGAAUGAAAUCUUGCAGAGGAGUAAAAAAGGAAAAUUGCCAAUCGUUAAUGAAAAGGGGGAGUUGGUGGCCAUAAUUGCCCGCACAGACCUGAAAAAGAAUCGGGACUAUCCCCUGGCUUCAAAAGAUACCAAGAAACAGUUGCUCUGUGGGGCAGCAAUUGGGACCCAUGAAGAUGAUAGGUAUCGUCUUGAUCUGCUGGCGCAAGCUGGAGUGGAUGUCGUUGUAUUGGAUUCAUCUCAGGGGAAUUCCAUUUUUCAAAUCAAUAUGAUCAAAUACAUCAAGGAGAAAUAUUCUCAUCUGCAAGUCAUUGGAGGCAAUGUGGUGACAGCAGCCCAGGCAAAGAACUUGAUUGACGCUGGGGCUGAUGCUCUCAGAGUUGGCAUGGGCAGCGGGUCUAUCUGCAUCACACAAGAAGUCUUAGCGUGUGGUAGGCCUCAAGCCACAGCAGUCUACAAAGUGUCUGAGUAUGCUCGAAGAUUUGGUGUGCCGGUGAUUGCCGAUGGAGGCAUCCAGACUGUUGGACACAUUGCUAAGGCCCUUGCACUUGGAGCUUCUACAGUGAUGAUGGGGUCCCUUCUAGCUGCCACCUCAGAAGCCCCCGGGGAGUACUUUUUCUCUGAUGGGAUCAGGCUGAAGAAAUACCGUGGCAUGGGAUCGCUUGAUGCGAUGGACAAGAACCUGGGCAGCCAGAACAGAUAUUUCAGUGAGACAGAUAAAAUUAAAGUGGCCCAGGGGGUCUCUGGGGCUGUGCAGGACAAGGGCUCAAUCCACAAGUUCGUGCCAUACCUGAUUGCUGGCAUCCAGCACUCCUGCCAAGAUAUUGGUGCAAAGAGUCUAACGCAGCUGAGGGCCAUGAUGUAUUCUGGAGAGCUGAAAUUUGAAAAGAGGACAACAUCUGCUCAAGUGGAAGGAGGGGUUCACGGCCUUCACUCCCACAAGGCCUCAUCACCUGUCAUAUCAAGAGGGAUCAAGAAGGCUUGCCUCAAACUAGCCUACAAAAUGCAGAAUAAACUUGACCCACUUCACUAGAUACACCAUCACCAGAAAUACCUUCCUGGGAGACAUCUGUAGGAUACGAGAAGCGUCUUUUCUGAUGACGGUCCCGUGCUCCUUUCCAGAGCCUCUUUUGCCACGUGGGGCUCCUGUAGCCCCGAUCAUGAACUGCUCCCUUCACAGAAGUGCCAUUUUACUAAAGGGGCAGAGCUGCGUGCCAUUCCCCGAAUCAUCAGCUGCUCUGACCAAGGCUGAAUAGAACUUAUUCCAGAGUCGGUGCUGUAUGCGACAGAAGCCCUGUAGCUGUGUUCUUGCACUAUUUUUACAAUAAAACUGGAGGAACAGGGCCUUGUCCAACUUUU